UCGAGCCUUCGGUUUGGGUUUUCCUUCUCUCUUUUUCUUUACUUUUCCACUUAAUAACAAUGUUUUGCGUGUUUGCUUCACAGUGAUGGGUGCACCAGCCAGCCCUACUGACCAAAGUGGUGUCAAACCGAACUUAGCACCACCCACGUUUGGGGCCAGCACUCAUCCUUCCAUCUCUACUUUUGAGGGUGCCUUGUAUGAAUCUGCUGUAUUUCAUGGACGAUCAACUGAUUCAGAUGAUGAUGAUAGUGUUGAUGUUGCCGAGCAGCAGCAGCAGCAGCAGCCGCCGCCGGAGAACAAUGUGACAUCCGGAGAGGAAUCUGAAGAAGAGGAUGCACCAAGUACUUCUUCUGAGCCCCUCAAUUUCGGCGAGGUUCCAGAACAGCAAGAGCGUCCUCUCUACACUGGUGCGCCUAUCUCGAUCGAAGACAGUGUCCUUUCAAUUUUUUCGUUUGUGCAGUCUGAAAACUUAAGUGCUGCGGGUGUUGCAAAAUUAUUAAAGCUAAUUGAGAUUCACUGCCCUAAGCCGAAUAAAUGUGUGCCCACAGUUUAUAAAUUAUUUAAACAGUUUGAGCAUGUUAAGACUCAAUUACAAUCAUAUUUUUAGUGUAAUACAUGUCUUAAAGUGAGAGCAUCUUUGACUGAUGUUUGUGAUGAGUGCACGGUUUUAAAACCUUCUGUCGAUCAAAUAUUAGUUUUGUCUUUGCUAGACCAAAUUUCUGAGUUGUACGCACGCUCUGAUUUCAUUGAGGAUAUCCAGUAUAGAUUUAAUAGAGUCAAGAAAAACCCUGAAAAUUUGGAAGAUAUUUUUGAUGGAUUUGUGUAUAAAUCAGCAAUGCAGGAAUUUUUAUCUGAGAAGUUCAAUAUUUCAUUUAUGUGGAACACUGACGGUGUUUGCCUUUACGAUUCAUCGAAACUUCAGCUCUGGCCCUUAUACUUAGUUAUCAAUGAAUUGCCACCUGAAAAGAGAUACAAACGUGAAAAUCUGAUUCUUGCAGCCGUUUAUAUUGGUGAAUCUAAACCUACUGUUAAUGUGUUUUUAAAACAUGUCUAUCCACUUGUCGAACAAUUGAAACAGGGUGUGAGUGUAAAUGUUGCAGGUGAACAAGAGCCUGUUUUAAUCAAAGCCUGUAUCAUUUGUGGAACUUGUGACACUCCUGCAAAAUCCAUGAUGUUCAACAUGAAACAUUUUAAUGGGUUUUUUUCAUGUCCAAAGUGCUACAGUUUAGGAGAAAAGUCUGAUAGAACUGAACAAGUAUUUGUACAUCCUUAUGAAGAAAAUGCACAACCCAGAACUGAUGAGAAUUUCGAGGAAGAUGCAAUACUGGCCACUGUUACUAAUGCUAAUAAGGCAGCAUCAGCAAGAACUGCAAGCCAUGGUGUGAAGGGGGCCUCAUACCUUUAUAUCAUGGUGAAUACUAUGAUUUUAUCAACGUCAAUUGACACGUUACAUUGCAUUUACCUGGGCUGUAUGCACCAGCUGAUGGACCUCUGGUUCCAUAAGUCACACAAGGAUGAACCCUAUUCACUGUAUAAGGUUACAAAAGUAGUGAGUACACUACUGACUUCAAUCAAGCCCCCACAUUUUGUAAAACGACUGCCAAGGUCUCUGGAUCAUUUUGCAAAUUUCAAAGGUUUUGAAUUCCUAAUGUUAUUUUUUUACUAUCUUGUGCCUAUCUUGCAAGGCACUAUGAAACAAGUAUUUUAUCACAACUUUAAAUUACUAGUGGCAGGCGUAUCUCUAAUCAAUAAACAAAGUGUAUCUCUUGCAGACAUUGCAGAAGCCAAGUGUUUAUUAAAUCAAUUUGUUAUAGAUUUUGAAGAAUUGUAUGGACUUAGGAAUAUGUCAUUUAACAUUCACUUAGUCCUCCACCUCCCCUCUGUGGUUGAAGCUUUGGGGCCGGCAUUUCAUACAUCAUGUUUUGGGUUUGAAGACCUGAAUGGAAAACUGCGUUCUUUAAUUCAUGGCUCCCGCUACGCUGGCUCACAGCUGUCUUCUAAUCUCUCUACUUUCUUGAACUUGCCUAAAGUUGUCCACUCUAUGGAAAGUAGGCCAGUGAAAGAAUAUUGUACCAACGUCCACAAAAAAUGGAAGAGGUCUAAAAUAAUAGAAAUUAUUUGUGAAAAGGGGUAUUCUGUUGGGUGUUACUCAAAAGUUGAAACUGUUGAUCCAUGGAUGCAUGACAUUUUAAAGGAAAAAAAUUAUGACAGUGUAUUUUUAUUUCAUCGUGUUAAGCUAAGAGGAAUAUUAAUUACAUCAGAAAAGUAUGCCAAAAGUCAGUCUAGCUGCUCACAUUAUGUGCAGUAUACUUGUGAUGGGAAUUCUAAGUAUGGCAGUGUUCACAGUUUUGUGAAGGUCAAAGUGUGUUCAUGUAGUGAAAAGUGCCAUCACUCCAGCCAGUUUUAUGCCUUUAUGAACUAUUAUAGUAAUGAAAGCUGUUUCACAACUGCAAACCCCUGCCACUCCAUACAGCACAUUCAGAAGUGUUUAAAGACUGAAACCAUUGAACUUGUUCCUAUUUGUCAGAUAACAAAUGUUUGCAUAUGUGUUAAUGUUAGUGCAUCUGUGUAUUUAUGUACUCCCCUGAAUGAAGUCGAGAUGUAUAACUAGAGAUAAAUUUGUUGCUAUACUUGCCUGUCAAUAAAAAUAUGGCAUGUCAAUUAUACCUAUUUUACUUC